UAGGCUGGGCAAAGAAUCUCCCUAGUCAAGCACAGCAGACAAGAGAGAUGGCAGCAGGGCUGGAUCCAUGCAGCGUCCUGGUGACCGGCUCCAACCGGGGCAUCGGCUUCGAGCUUGUCAGGCAGCUGGCUGCGAAAAGCAGCCGGCCAGAAUGGAUCUUUGCCACUUGCCGGGAUCCAGAGGGACCACGUGCCCAGGAAUUGAAAAAAUUGACCACCAAGCACAAGGGAGUUGUGAUUGUCCCAAUGGACACCACUGAUCCAUCCAGCAUCAAGGCUGCUGUAGCCAGAGUCACUGAGAAGCUGAAAGGAGCCGGGCUGAAUCUGCUGAUAAACAAUGCUGGGAUUGUAAGGAGGAGCUCUCUGGAGUCUGAGAUGCCGGAGGACAUGGCUGAGGUGUACCAAACCAAUGUGAUAGGACCCAUGAUCGUGAGCCAGGCGUUCCUGCCCUUGCUGAGGAAGGCAUCUCAGGAAAGCCCCCAGAAAGGGAUGAGCUGCAGCAAAGCCGCCAUUGUCAACAUCUCCAGCGAAGGCGGCUCCAUCACAAAUGUCUUUGCAUGGAAAUUGGGACAGGUCGUCUCUUACCGUUGCAGUAAGGCGGCUCUGAACAUGCUCACCCGCUGCCAGUCCCUGGGAUUUGCAGAAGAUGAGAUCCUGUGUGUGGCUUUGCAUCCUGGCUGGGUGCAGACAGACAUGGGGAACACACUGCAACAGGCCCCACUGACUGUGGACGUGAGUGUGCGGGAGACCCUGAGCACCCUUGCCCGUCUCACUGAGAAAGCCAGUGGCACUUUGGUGAACUGGGAGGGGGAAGCUCUCCCCUGGUGAGAUGCCCACCUGCCUCCUCAUCUGCACUGCAAGGAGGAACCCCUGACUAAAUCAAUUAGAUAGAUAGACAGAUAGAUAGAUAGAUAGGAGGGCUGAGCCUGCUUGCCUAGCUCUGCCUUUGACCUCAAUAAAUGCAUCACAUCUGCUGAAAAUCUGAAAAUUUCUAUUUCCUUCCAGGUGCUUAUCUAAUAUGAUCAAGUUGUGUGUGUGUGUGUGUUGUUGUUGUUGUUUUUUAAAUGCACAGUAUAAGUCUUGUGUCCCUCACCAAUUCUUAAUUUCAAGAUGCAGGCCAGAGUGGUACAAAGAAGCCACAUUUGCGGGGAUAGGGGACCACCUUGUUUAUGUAUUCUUUCUUUUUCUAUGUAAACUGCUUUGAGAACUUUGGUUGAAGUGCAGGAUAGAAAUAUUCUGAGUUGGCAAUAGGAAACCCCUCCUACCAAAGACAGGCUCUGUGGGAGCCAGCCAGGAGUGGAACUCGACUUGAUGGCACACUUUACCUUGACCUAUCUAGGGAUGGGGUGAGGGAGGGCCUAGAAGGGGCAAAGUGCAUUUCUGGGCGGGCCAGCUGCAUCCCACAUGUUAGAUUUGUGAAACAGAAAUGGGGGAGCCUCACCCGCCCGCCCUCUGCAGCCACCCUCAAAUCUUUUAAAGCCAAUCACAUUUUUGGGAUGAUGUCAAUAGCUCAGGGGCAGAGCACCUGCUUUGUGUGCAGAAGGUCCCAGGUUCAAUCCCUGGCAGCAUCUCCAGGUAGGGCUGGGAGAGACUCCUACCUGAAGCCUUGGAGAGCCGCUGCCAGUUGGUGUAAACAAGACAAGACAAGCUCCCUGUGUUUAUCUUAAAAGAAAAAAGGAACAAUUGGGUUCUUUCUUCUUCCUGAAAAUGAUUCCCCAAAAUGAUUGCCCUUGCACAACUCCCCGCCUCCCACAACCAUUAAUGCAAUAGUUAGCAAUCCAUUUUUCCUGAUCCAGUUCCACUGAAGGGAAAAGAAAUUAUGCUCUUGGAAAAACUUGUUAAAGUCCUUUGGGUAUCAACUCUGUACAUCCGAUAUCAAUUAAAAAACAAAAAAG